AUGACUACCCUUAAGUACUUCAAUCCCCCGGCCUACCUCACCGACCUCACCAAGGAGAAUGCAAGCAAAUGGUCAAAAGACUACAUUAGCAAUUGGAUGGACCAAAGCGCCUCCACCGCGGAAGUCACCCAAUUCUACAAUGCCACCACCCACGCAACGGAGGGUGAAAUAAACACGAAGAUAAUUACCUGGACGGCAUUUCCAAACACUGUGAAGCACAACACCCCCGAGAAAGAAAGAUGGAGGGUCGCGGACUCCACCAGGGACAAUCAAGACGAGUACUGCGAGUGGUCCGUUCUCCGGAAUGGGAAAGGGGAGAUCAAGAAGGUUGUGUUUACUUGUGAGGGUCCUGAGUACUGGGAAGCAUUAGCAACCUUCCAACCCGACACCCUCCUGAGACUCUACAAAGAAAACAACCCAGAAUACGCCAGCCAGAUCAAGAGUGAAGACCUCUACAUCAAUAAGUCACUCCGCUACAAUCGCAAGAACAAAUGGAACAACAACACAACCACCGGCUCAAUAAUGCAUUUGAUCCAGGGCGCGAACACACUUCAAGCUGAAAUCCAACUCGGCGCAGACGCAACCGUUCUCCGUGUGGAUUCUCAGGGCAACCCUAUUCACGAUUACGAUCGCUUGAUCAGGUGCAGUCAAUACGGCGGCAUCUACCGGAAUUCCGACCCAACCAUCGGCGGAAAUGUGAAUGACCUCGCCUGGCAAGGGCCCCUCCUAACGCUGGCGGACCCGGUGGGUCUCUACAUCGACUCCUUCGAUGGCAGUCAAUUCGAGGCACCGGACGAGGAAGACGUCCAAAAGUUCUGGAAAUUCACCCGCGGCACACCGGCGGAUUCCUCCCGCGGCCGCCCAGCACACUGGGUCCGUGCUGUCUUCGAAGUUCCCAAAUCCUACGGGUACAAUGUCUCCGCCAUUAAGGAUGCCAAUGGUAACAAGAUUACCUGGGGUAGUCAGCUCGCUGAUGCUAUCCAGAUCAGGCUCACUGGGCAGGCGGCCGAGAUCGGGAAGCAUCUUGGGCAGAAGAGGAGGUGUAAGUCAUCGGGGCUGGAGGCGGCAGCAGCCACCACCGAGGUUGCCAGUAUGAGUGCUGCUGCCAACAUCGGUGAGGACGAUACUCCUGAGCAUCUUAAGGGUACUAGGGCUCAUGGGUUGGAUAUUGACGCGCAGGGGUAUGUGUGCUAUUAG